AUGGCCGACCCCCAGCUUGGCCGUCUUCAGGAUGACGGUAGGGACGCGGAAUGUCUGCGACAGACUCAGUCACGAAGAGGGCAACCACCCGCGGGACGUUACCUCUGGACCGGUGAUUCGAGUGUUGCCUCGCCCGUGGCUGACUCUAACAAUCAUCAAGAGGUACAGCGCAGUCCUCGCCGAGCAUGCACAAGGGACGACAUUGGUAUCUGUCCGUGGCCAGAUCAGGCAGUGGACUCAAAGUAUGAGACUUCUUCCAGACGUUGCCUACCCAGAUUGCCUGCGCCGGUACCACCCAGAAAGUGUGUCAACAACGAUAACCCAUCAGCCGCCCUGCAAAGUCCCCCUGUAAAAGCUACGAGGCCAAACGAUUCCCUUCCAAGUCCAGCCCGUCCAGCUCCUGGGAGUGAGUCAAAGAUGAUGCAGCAUCCAGAAACUCGACCUAUCAGCCAGGAACAGCUCGUCGCCGAGGUCAAAAGCAUUUAUGCCGGCCUUGUUAUGGUCGAAACAAAAUGCAUCGAAGUCGACAAAGCUCAGUCUACCCAGGGACGUCUCACCCUUGGAGAAUGGCAGCAGCUUACUGCGUUCCAUCGUUAUUUAUUGCAUGAGGAUGAUGAUCCCUUCAACACCUAUUCUGACAAGACAUCGAACGAACUUGGAGCGCUUCUGUCUGAAGUGUCUCUACGCUCACGGAGUUUCUGCCGCCUCAACAGUCGCUUACAACCACUCUUAAAAGCUGCAGAGCGUACCCCUUCAUACGUACAGUUUGUCGAGUUCAUGACCCUGAUUGGCACUCUCUCCGACAUACUCAGAAGUUACAGUUCCUUACUAGAUUUUGAGGACACAAUUUUGAAGGGUUUGUUUGAUUUGAUCACGUCUAUCAUCAGAAGGUUGAGCUUGAGAUUCAGAUCCGCAUAUGAGGAACUGAAAUGCAGGAACGCAUCGACUCAGAUAAUAUUUGAGUUUCCUAACAAUAUGCGGCAUGUCUGUACGACAAUGCCCUGGACUAUAUUACCUGCAUUACUGGUACUAUGGGGUGUUUGUUGGAUGUUCAUCCUCGGCCCUGGUGAUCUUGAGCCCGAGAAAUUCAAAGCGCCUGUCCCGACGUUCUCACCAGCUCCAGCUGUCUAUGACCUUUUGGACAACUCGGGCCCAGCGUACUACGAUUUUGGCCUGCAGAGCGUUUUUAUGCCCGAAAGUAGUACUACAGGCUUUAAUCAGCACCCUACUAUCGACAGCCUCCCGUUCGGCAACGAUGGCGCCGGUGUUGAUCCCAUUUAUUUGGUUCAAGCUGCUCCUCAAGAUCCAUUGUUUUUGUCCUUUGACGUGUUACCGAGGAACAGUGCAGAAAUCACGGAAACGUCCUCGAAAGACGGGCUCACUGAAGCGCUGCCAGCUACUGUCACUCCAGACCCAAUACUACACUCCUACGGAGACAUGACCAGCCAAGAGCAAUUUAAUCCAAUGGCUAAUGUUGCAUCGGUUGAUCAGGGAGUUCAAAAUACCAGCGGCCAGAAGAGCACAUCUUCCUUUACCGAAGCGCACAAGGGUGCAAUACCUAGCCCUGAACAGUCGUUUCCAUGCCCGAACAGAGGCUGUAAGAGGCAUCUUCCAGUUUGUAAACACAAUCCGAAUGUUUCGGUCUCAUCGGUCAAGUCGGACGGCACGGAAGAGCAGUCAGUGUCUCAUCCAGUCUCAACGCCAGCCUUACCUGCUGAGCUACAGCCUGCGAGUGCUGAGCCACUAUCAGAGGGUUCAUCAGGAGAGAGCAGCGUUAGAAAAAGGUCGAGGUCUGAAAAUGAUGAUGACUGGAGUGAGGAAUCAUUGCUAAGAGAGAUGAAAAAGAAGCUGAAGCGAAUGGCUCAAGAGGUUAAAGAGAAGGAAGAUGCAUAUCUGCAGGCUCGGGAGGGACUGGAAUCCAUUCAGAAGACCAUCCAAGUCAUGGAGGACUUACUCCGAAAGUCCUAG